CUGUCUACCUAAAUAAUGCUUUUGCUUGUGGACUCAACUUGUUAUAAUAAGCAACGGAUGUACCAUGAUCAUAUUAUUCCGAUAAAGUACGUACAUAAUACCAAUGCCUACAGGUAAUAUUGGCAGACUUUCUUUCAGAUUUCGGAACCACCCCUGCCUUUUUUUUUUUUUCUCCGAUAUCGUUUUGUGGGCCGUGUCCGCAGGGGAAGGCGGAAAAAAGAAAAAAAAAAGUUUCUUUGAGUCAAAAGGGCUACCAGAGUGCUCCGCUUUCGCAAAUCGCCAGACUACAGUGUGCACAUACAUAAAAGGGUUGCCCCGCUGCCCAUGCCAGGUUCAAGGCACUACUCGAUUACAUGACCAUUUAUCCUGUGGUUGUUCGAAUUGAUCAGAAUGGAAGGCAGCCUUCAAUCCAGUUCAGAUCUCCUGUCCAAGGUCAAUGGCAACCCCGCUGGCUCGAAUAGCAAUUGGGUAGUGCAGAAGUUUGGGGGGACCAGUGUUGGGAAGUUUGCACUCAAUAUCAUUGAUCAGGUUGUGCUGUGAGU